GUCCUUCUCUUGCUAAAUGUUCGUUUCGGAUCCUGUCAAUUUCUCGCCUUAGGUUUCCCAGAACUGAAAUCCUUCAUCUUCCCGGUAGAAAACCGCCAUGACCGAGUUGGGACAAGCAAACGGGAAACGGAGCCGCAAAGAAGAAGAUGCUACUGCUGACAGGUUAAGCCAUCUUCCAGACUCCAUUAUUCAUCACAUCCUUUCGCUGCUCGAUGACACCAAGUCCGCCGUCCAGACCUGCAUACUGUCCCAAUUGUGGCGAUCCUUCUGGAAACAUGUCCUCGUCCUCACCCUCCAUCGACUUUCCUUCCAGAAGUACUCGAGCUUUUGCAGGUAUGUCGACGAAGUCUUGUCCCUCCGCAAUCCCCUUAUUAAUGCCCGCAAGAUCAUCUACACCGACAAGGAGCGUUACGAGAACAGAGACCGUAGAUUGCUGAUUAGGGUUAUCCAAUACGCGGCUUCCCAUGGCACUCAACUUCUGGUGCUUGACGAGGAUACAGUCCUGGCCAGUUCGGUGGAAGAAGAUUUCAGAUUCCCCCAAUUCUUUGCCCCGAUUUUGAAUUCGAAUCUCAAAACCCUAGAAUUUAGAGGCUAUAUGGUCCUGAACAGCGGGAUGGGAUCUCCUGGUUUUCGGAAUGUGACCACAUUAGACUUGGACCGCUGCGUGCUGUAUUCUGAUGCGGAAGAGGAAUGGGAUCCUGAUCCCUUUUCUAAUUUCCCUUGUUUGGAGAAUCUGGUUUUGAAGGAUUGCUACUAUGGCUCUACUUUUUACAGUGGCAACAGGACUCUGAGGAUCUCGGGGCUCAGUUUGCUUAGCCUGAAACUCGUGGACAUGGAUGAUGGUAGUAGUAUUGAAAUAUUUGCCCCGAGGCUCAAGUUCUUCAGUCUUUCUAGUCAGGGGCCGUUCAAAGUAUUCAAAGGUAUAAAAGUUCCUUCCCUUGAGCAUUCAUAUAUCAAAGCUUACAACUUCUUCCACGACAAGGGUGGUAGAAAGGAAUUGGUGCAGCGACAUUUGAUCUCCUUGUUCCAAGCUUUGAGUAAUGCAAAAGCUCUGACGCUGCAUUCCUGGACCAUCUCGGUGCUGACUGAAUUUUAUGAGUUACUGGAACAACCCUCUCCGUUUAAGAGGUUGGAGUCGUUGAUCGUGGAUGGUGACAGUAUACCUUGCAAACUAAUCGGUUACUUCCUUAAAGGUGAUAUGAAAAUAGGGCAUCACCCAGGGUUGUCAAUCCUUACAAAAUGUCAUUUAGCACUUGCCCAUCCCGAAGAACUUAGCCAUUACGAGGAAGAAGAGGUCGAGGGAAAGUGAGGGAAGCUAGCAAAACUGUGUAUGUGUAAGGGCUAUAUAUCUUCUGACGUUUCCUUAUUUGAUUCUGCUGUUAGAGUUUCUUAGUCGUGGAUGACAUCCAUAUUCAUAAGAAUGUGAAGCUUUUUAUUUUACCUCCAAAGCAGUUAGAUAACCCGCUCGUUUUCUUGCGGUAGUAGGAAGAAGAAUCUCUAUCGACCUUGGUAAUUACUUUCUUAAAAAGGGUCUUCUAGUACAAAACCAACUGUUGAGUUGGUUGAUUAUUUUGUUAUAGUCUCUGAUUACAUUAGGUAAGAGUUUGGUGUAUCCUUUUCUUUCAGGUU